UAAAUUCUUUAAUCACAAUCAUAACACAAUCGUGGCUAUUUGGGACUUAUCAACAUUGCGUGAGUACAUUACAAGUAUAUACAAAAAGAAUUAAAGUCGAUCAGCUAGGAAGUACUUACAAAUGAAACCACGUGAUCAUUAUUGUAAAUAAAGCAUUCAGACGUUUGAUAUUAUAUAGAGAAUGAAUCUAGAGAAAGCGACCAUGGAUUUAUCUAUGACAUUUAUAUGGAUACUUUCUGUUUUUCAAAUCGCGGCCACACAAGAGACAAUCUCACAAAGUUUUUGUAAAUUGCAUGAUGGAAAAAACUCUUACAAUGUUAUGGUUGAUAAGGGUGACGCGGCAUCUGCAGAGGGACUUAAGCGUAUCUCUGAUAAGCUUCGCACUAUGGAAAAUAAUUAUACUGCAAAAAUUCAUGACUUGCUGGUUAAUGUUGUAAAACUACAAAGCGAAAGUCUUUCUCUGGAGACAAUUAAACAAGAAACCGUACAGAUGCAAGAGGAUAUGGUUGCACAGAUUGAGAAUUUCACAACGACGGUGAAUUCCCUGCAAAAUGACCUUCGUUCUCAAGGACUUCACUUUAGCAAGGAGCUCACUGAUCUUACAAAUGAGUUCCAAACUGAAGUCAAACUGAAACUUCACAGCGAAGUUGAAACAUUAAAAAGAGCAAUUUCAGAUGCAAGUUCUAACUUGACCCAAAAACUGAACAAAUUUUACCAAAAUGUCAGCCAAAGUGUCACCAAUUUAACAAAGGACAUUUUCACCUUAAAAGUUGAUUAUGAAGCGGAGAAACAGGAGAUGACAAACAAAAUAGUCGAACUCGAAACUAAACUAAACUCAACACAAUUGGCAAUGCAUGACCUCAGCCUCAAAGUGAAUCUACUAUGGAACCAAAGUAGAAUAGUGUUCGACUGUCCAUCUGGAUUCAUGAAGCACUCAGAUUUGAUGACGUGUUACAAAUUCGUAGCACGUGACUUAACAUGGUUCGAUGCCCAGCAACUCUGCAAAAUACAUAACGCGCAUCUGGUCGCCAUAGAAACAGACGUCGAGCAGAACUACCUCAUAUCACAUAUAAGAACUACUAGUGGCCUAAUGGGCCAUCACUUCUGGACAGGUGGAACAGAUUUUGCAGUGGAAAAAGAUUGGGUUUGGGCCACGAAUAAUUUACCAUUCGUCUACAAUAAAUGGAAGCCUGGUGAACCGGACGAUGCAAAUGCUGGAGAACAUUGCAUGAACCUUGCAUUUGAAGCCAACUAUGCAUGGACGGAUGAGGAUUGCAUGAAGACAUCUUACAGCAUUUGUGAACAUAUUUUACCCGGACACAGUUAAUGGUUAAGGGACAAAGUCGUUGGACGUUGGCCAUGGGGGUCUUAUUCAUUCAGGGUGUAUUGAAAUUUUAGAAAUUCAUAUUUACAAAAUUGCAUUGAAUUUUCGGACAAAAUUCAAUUUGUUUAUUAAAGAAUACAUGUGUACCCUGUAGGGUUUCCGCCUUUGUUAAUCUGAAAUAUAGCUUUAAUUUGACAUGAUAUAUGUAAAACUAUAUUUCCGUUUAUUUGAUUUGCACUUUGAAUUCAGUGAUAUAAGGGAGGUUAACUUACGCAUUUUUAACCUUGUACGUGAACGUGUAGAGUAUUGAGUAAUUGUAAGUUGGCCCCUGGGGAAGUGAAUUGAGAGCGGGACAGUAAUCCUGGGGUCGAGAUAUUACACGCUCAUGUACAGGUUCUCUUAAAAACGUGUA